GUUUUGAAUCAAUUGCUAUUUAUAACCAGUAUGGAGUAGAGCUUGAGGUCAGGUCUUCACUCAUUCAGUAGGAAAAGUUUUCUGCCAAAUUUUGCAUUUGAGGAAAUAGUUUAUGGGCCUAACUAAGUGAAGCCUGUAUGUGAAAGGAAGGAAUGUGACGAUGACUGAAUAUUCAAGAUAAAGCUGUAGCAGUUUUCAGCAAGGAUCAAUGAUCAAAAUUUUUACUUUUAAAAAGAGAUUUACAAGUUAAAGAUGAAAGGAAAAUACUGGAAUGGUUUGGAUUCUAACUGACAGGAUAAAGGAUACAGUAUUUCACAGUUACUUGUAAUGGAAACUGUGUAAAAUUCAUCACUUCUCAUGGACCCAACAGGGAACAUGGAUGUUGGUUUUUCUCGUUCUGCUGUUCAGACACUGUCGAGAAGCCACUGUAAAAACAUCAAACAAAAAAUUUCUCACUGGGAAGGAAGGACAAAUGGUAUAUCUAAUCCAGAUAAGUGGUGUCCAAAGGACUUUGGAGUGAGAUACAGCUGUCACCAGGAGAUUCUUCCCAAGAAAAAACUUGUUGCGGAGGGAAAGAGUAAAAAUUUAGAUGUAACCAACACUCAAAAUGUGGGAUUAGAUCUGAGGAAAGAUGCCAAAAGCUGCAAUCAAAGUGAGGAUGAAAGUGAGAAACAUGAAUCUAAUGAUACACGUUUCUUCAAAAAUGAACUGGAAACCAAAUGGGUAUGUUCUCGGGUCAAACAAAUUGAAAGCUGGAAAGAAGUUGUUUUAGACCCAGAAACUUCAUUACCUCCAGGAAACUUGUAUACCUCACAAAUAUUGUGGAAGAAAAUAGAAGCACUUCCCCCAGAUAAAGUCUUAAAUUUGGCUUUAGAACAUUGUGACUCUUCAGAAGAAGAAGCGAAUUUCAAAGCUCUGGGUAGUUCAUAUGGAAUGACCAAGAGCUUAGAAAAUAUUUACUCUGAACCUGAGGGGCAAGAAUGUGGACCUUCUAUAAAUCCUUUGCCAAAACCUCGUAGGACAUUCAGAUAUUUAUCUGAAUCUGGUAUUACACCAUGUAAAGAAAGAAACUGUGACAGAAAAUACUGUGAAAAUAAUUCUUGUGCAGAAUCUUCUUUUGCUCCUUCUCAGGAACCUGAACCAAAGAAAUAUGGUGGAAAAAUCAAAGGGAGAUCCAAAAGGAAAUCCUUUGAAUUUGAGGAUAUUCAGCACUUUCGAACUCGUAACACACAGAAGAUUCAUGAAGAACUUGGAAGAAAUUCUGGCUCAGCACUUUAUUACACACAGUCUGAGGACAGUAUCUAUGAGGAUAUCAUAUAUCCUGCCAAAGAAAAUCCAUAUGAAGAUAUUCCAGUACAGCCUUUACCCCUGUGGAGAUCCGUUUCAGCAUGGAAGCUACCACCCCCUAAAAGUGCUUUCAGAACACCCAAGCUUCCUCCCAAACCGCAAUUCCUUCUCCGGAAAACUAUGGAACUGAAGAACUCACAAGUUUAUUUACGCUCAAAGCUCACAAAGGAUGCCACUUUGCCCAUCACUUUAACUGAAUGGAAGCUAUUCCGAGCUGGAGAAGUUGCAAACAGGAAAAGGAAAAAUCUUCCAAGGUUUGUGUUGAAAAUAGACGACAUAUUUGAAUCUAAAAGAGGAAAGAAGAGGGUAAAGUUAUACCCUUACACUGGGAAAGAGGUACCUCCCUCAAAAGGUGAAACCAGUGGGAACGAAAGUGAUGCCGAGUAUUUGCCAAAGAAUCGCCACAAGCGCUUAGCACAACUGCAGCAGGCUUCCAAGAGGAAUCCUCACUACCAGACCUUGGAGCGGGACCUUAUUGAAUUACAGGAGCAGCAGCUGUUUGAACUUUUUGUGGUAGUGUCUCUACAGAAGAACCCAUCAGAAAAAGCUUAUAUUCCCCAGGUCAUACAACAGUUCCCUAGCAAGGGUGAUCAUGGUUUUAAGCAAUCCAGAGAUACUGAGGAGAGGCUCAAAGUUAUCCCAAAAUUUUGUUUUCCCGAUUCAAAGGACUGGAUGCCAACCUCAGAACUCAAGAGUGAAACUUUCUCCUUUGUCUUGACUGGUGAAGAUGGGAGCCGGUGGUUUGGUUACUGUAAGAAGCUCUUGCCAGAAGGCAAAGGAAAGCGACUCCCCGAGGUAUACUGCGUGGUUAGUCGCCUAGGCUGCUUCAACCUUUUUUCAAAAAUUCUGGAUGAAGUAGAGAAGAGAAGAGAAAUGUCUCCAGCCCUGGUUCACCCAUUCAUGCGAAGUGUCAUGGAAGCUCCUUUCCCAGCUCCUGGAUGCACCAUCACAGUUAAGAGCUACCUCCCUGGGGCUGGAGAUGGGUCGAUUGAACUCUGCCGACCACUGGAUUCCCGGUUGGAACAUGUUGAUUUUGAAUGUCUCUUUAAGUGCCUAAGUGUGUGUCAUCUCAUCCGGGUCUGUGCCUCUCUCCUUUUGGAGCGGAGAGUAAUCUUCGUUGCCAACAGCCUAAGCACCUUGUCAAAAUGUGGUCAUGCUGUGGUAGCCACGCUGUAUCCAUUCACAUGGCAGCAUACCUACAUCCCAGUCCUGCCAGCAUCUAUGAUCGACAUUGUGUGCUCACCUACUCCGUUCCUAAUUGGAAUCCUGUCUUGCUCCUUACCACAGCUUCAGGACCUACCCAUUGAAGAGGUGCUGAUAGUUGAUCUCUGUGCAGACAAGUUCUUACAGGAGGUAUCUGAUGAGGAUGAAAUUCUACCACCUAAACUCCAGGCUGCCUUGAUGCAGAUUUUGGAAGAGCGAAAUGAAAUCUUGUCUCAGGAGCAGAAUUUUUCACAUGAUGUGACACUCAACUCUCUGGUGUCAGAAGCAUUUGUCAAGUUUUUUGUGGAGCUGGUGGGACAUUAUUCUUUGAGCAUGACUGUUACUGAGCGUGGAGAGCGUGUAUUUCAAAGGGAGCCAUUCCGUAAGUCCCAUACCUCCCGAAGUGUACGCCACUUCCUUGAUCUCUUCAUGGAGACCCAGAUGUUUGCAGGAUUCAUCCAGGAUCGAGAGCUUCGGAAAAGUGGGGUGAAAGGUUUGUUUGAGGUCCGGGCCCUUCAGUAUUUGGAAACAAUUCCUGAAUCUGAGCCCAGUGGGGUGAACAGAAUUUUGCGGAGUCUCGGAAGUAAAAUGAAAUUUCUCCAGAAGAAAUGAAAUCUUUGAUUGACUGUCUCCAUCUCAACUAGAAGAGAAUGUGCCAAAGAAAAUAUUUUUCUGAGAGUCAGGAUGCCCUGAAGUUUGUUUCUCCAAACUCCUUGGAAGUUUAAAAGGUUGCAGAGUGAGGCUGGCUGUCAGAGGAGGAUUCUCCUGCUGUAGUAAUCACUGGAGGAUUGUUGGGAGUAAUCUGGAACCAGUACUGUCUUCACUCUGCCUCCAAUUUUUUUUUAAAGUUGCCUUUUCUACUUGAUAUUUGGGCUCAUUGUAUGUGUUUGUGCUUAGUCUAGAGGGAAGGUACUUGCCUUUUGUAGGGGACAGACUUGUUGGUUUUGCAUUUAAAAAACAGCUCAAAUGUGAGCAUAAUGAGGGAAAUGCCGAGAUUAGGGUACUAGAGAGGCAUGACAGAAGUGGAGAACACUAGCCCUACACACAUAAUUCUCAUCACUGAAAUAUCAUGGCAGCUUUAACCCCGUGGGCUCUUUGAGCUGGGCUAAGUAAUAUAAUCCUAUAGCUCCUGGUUUUCUUGUUUUUUGUGUUUUGUCUCAUGUUCUACCUAGGAGAAUCCCACUUAUGUGGAAACUCUACUUGUUGGGACUGGUAUUGAGUACUUCAUAAAAGCAGACAUCUUUUAGCUCCUCCUCUACAAUAUGUGGCACUUGGGUAGCUUGUCCCUCAUGUGUCAACAUUAAACUUUGUGGAAUUACAGUUGCUAGGAAAAUGUCCUUCAAGGACAUGGGAACUACCUUUUUUUAAAUUAUCCAUCAUGUGCAGUAUACUAUGCUACAUGUAUGUAUGUCAUCUUAUUCAAUGCUUACAUCAACUUUAUGAGAUAGAUAUUUGCAUCUUAAUUUUACUAAUGAAGAAACUGGAAUUCAAAGAGGUUAAAUAACUUGCCCAAAGUUAUAUAAAGGAGCCAGUAUUGAAGCCCAGGACUAUUAUCUUAUGUAUACAGAGAAAGUUGGUUAGUACUGCAGAUGGAAAUUUGAGCUCUGUGGGAUUUAGCUAUUUAAAAAGGAGUCCUAUUAAGCUGAAGCAUACCAGAGCCACCUCCCAGCUCUGAGGAUGAGGGAGUCAAACUAUAGUGCCUGAGAUGGGACUCUUUUUUGGUUCCCCUGGAAUUGUUGGACUUUUUGCUGUAAUCAAAUUGGACUCAGAAUUAUGAACUUUCCUGGACACACUCCACUUAACCACGCAGACCCUCAGUAUCUAAACUAGUUUAUUAGUCAUUGGAAAGAGGAAUUUGUUAACAAGAGUCAAUUUUCAUUGGUAAAUGUUUUGGCAAAUGUCAGUCUGUUUUCUUCUUCAACCCCUGCUAAUGGUUUUAACUGGCAUAAAAAGUAUUUAUUCAAACUUAACAAAACCUUAAAAGUUGUAUUGUGCUACAAUUUACUGACUUGUACAGUAUUGUUAUAACAAUGCAUUCAAGUGUGCAUGCAUGAAUCUGAAGCAGACACCAUGUAAAGAACGGUGCCGUGUAAUAUAAUUCCUAUAGAUGUGGGUCCAGGGAAUAGAACUGAGCCCAUGUCUUAUGAAAAAUGUUUAUCAAGCAGCUUACCGCAGUGGGGCUCCUACCAGACAUCUCCCCAUUUGGUCUCUUCUAACACUCCAACCCUGAGGGGACAAACAAGUAGUAAUUGGGAAUUCAGUGUGUAUAAAA